GAAAACAAACGUUCUUCUGGGGCAUCCGGAAUAUUUCCCAACGGACCAAGCUACCGGAAGUGGAAAGUUCUUACCGUUCAUGCGGGUUCAUGUUGACAACAAAAAGUGUCUCUGAACAUUUUUACAUUAAUAGUAAGGAUUCACUAACGAGCUUCAAGAUAAAACAUGUCCGACAACGAAGAUAACUUCGACGACGGAGAUUUUGAUGAUGCCGAAGAGGAUGAGGGAUUAGAUGACCUGGAAAACGCGGAAGAUGAGGACCAGGAGAACGUGCAGAUCCUACCCGCAGGAGAGGGCCAGCAGGCCAACCAGAAGAGGAUCACAACACCUUACAUGACCAAAUAUGAGAGAGCCAGAGUGCUCGGGACUCGAGCUCUCCAGAUAGCGAUGUGCGCUCCAGUCAUGGUGGAGUUGGAGGGAGAAACAGACCCCUUGCAAAUAGCUAUGAAAGAGCUCAAGGGCAGAAAGAUCCCCAUCAUCAUCCGCAGGUACCUUCCUGAUGGAAGUUAUGAGGACUGGGGCUGUGACGAGCUCAUCAUAACUGACUAAACAUCUCCUCCAGUCUUCGCUGACUAUACCUUAAGCUGGUUCACCCCACCAUCGCACCAGGUCAGUCCCCUGCACAAACCCAGAAGAUUCAGAAGGCGGAUGCGAGUAUCACCCACCUGGUAAUGCUGCAAUUUGAUCCACAAACAUCCAUCACAUCAGGCGAGUCUGUGAACCAGUGAAAUAGGAACACACGAAAUGGACCGAACAAACAUUAGAAGACUCACGAAAACCAUAACAGUGUGUGGCUCGCAGGUGUAAAAUCCUGUCAUGCCACAACUCAGUUCAAAUCUACAGUACUUCUUUUACUCCUUCACUAGUUGCAUUAUCAUUAAGAGCCACAAGGGGGAAAUGUAACUUAAGUCAAGCAUUUGCUUUGUUUUAAAAAAACAAAUCCUGUGUUGUAUUCCUUUUGUUGUUUUGAAGGCGUGAAGUGAUUAGUGUCAAAGAACUGUUUUAUUGUUAUUAAUAAACUCUUUUGUGUAAAUGA